UUGUUUCCUUUUCCAAAUUUCCAUUCCAACAUGGCGUCGCUUUGCUAGUUUGUCGAACGGUUAGAUUGUCGUUGGGUUUUAUUUUACAUUCUUUCGUGCAUUAACGUGCUUUGUUCUAGUAGCAUGUGGAAUUCAUGUAGCUACGACAUAGUAGAAAGAAAUUAAUGUUUUAUUUUGUUGUUUGAAAAUUCUAUUGAUACUGAAGACAAGGUUUGCGGCGUUUGACGCUUUGGUGGGCUCUUCGAGCCACACCAUUUUUAUCCUUUCAAGUAUUGAUUUUUUUGUUCCCGAUUACCUUCCGAGAUGAUGAUGUAUACGGGCACCAGUACGGAUCAAGAUACCCGCUUCAGUGACAAGGAGAAGAAGUUGAUGAAGCAAAUGAAGUUUGGCGACUGCUUGACCCAACAGGUGGACAUGUCCAAAGUGAAGUUGGAUGUGCUGAAGCCAUGGAUCACCCAGAAGAUCACAGAGAUUUUGAAGAUGGAAGAUGAUGUAGUCAUUGACUAUGUCAACAAUCAGUUGGAGGAGAAGUUCCCAUGUCCAAAGAAAAUGCAGAUCAACUUGACUGGAUUUCUAAACGGGAAGAACGCUCGCUUGUUCAUGGGCGAGCUUUGGGAGCUGCUGUUGAGCGCGCAAGCGAGUGAGAACGGGAUUCCGGAGUCGUUCACCCAGCAGAAGAAAGAAGAGAUUAAGAAGAGAAUGGAAGAACAAAAGGACAAAGAGAAGGAUCGCCGGCGGUCGCGGUCACGGUCCCGCUCACGACGUCGUUCCCGUGAGCGGCGCCGCUCGCGGUCACGAUCGCGUGAUCGCUCCAACGAAAGGAAGAGGCAUCGCAACGGUGGCAGCCCGCGGCGUUCGCGCCGCCGCAGCCGGGACAAGAGCAGUCCGGCCAAGCCGCACGUCGACGAAAUCAAGCUACCUGAACCUAAAGAAAACGGCAAGUCUCCUGAGAAAAAUGAAGUUGAAGAGGUGAAAGAAGAAGUGAACCACAACACCACGACUGAGUCCAACAAGGAGGAAGAAAAAGUGGAGGAGAAAACCGAAAAUGAGGGGCAAAAGUCUAGAUCUGCGUCCCCUGAAAAGUUGGAUAACGAGAAACCUGCAGAGGAGAAGGCGGUGGAGAAGAGGCGUUCGUCCAGCGAGCGUCGCUCAUCUUCUGCUUCAUCACGUGGGAGUGCUAAGAAAAGGACGUCAUCACACAAGAAGCGCCAGUAUCGUUCCAAUCGAGAUUCGUCCACUAGUGUCAGUCCUAGGCGCAGCUCUCGCAGAGAAAGGAGUAAGUCUCGUCGUCGUAGCAGCCGUCGUCGGUCUUUGGAUCGCCGUGAGCGAGAAAGGGAGAGGGAGCGGGAACGCGAGCGAGAGCGAGAUAGGGAGAGGGAACGGCGACGAAGGGAAAGGGAGCGCCGCGAGAGAUCGCGCGAACGUCGCCGAUCGCUGGAAAGGCGCAGGAGAUCGCGGUCUCGCUCUCGACGACGUUCGAGAUCUCGCGAGCGCAUCCGCCGAUCCCGCUCUCGGCGUCGCUCGCGUUCGCGUCGCCGCUCGGGGCGCCUCUCGCGCGACCGCCGCCUCUCACGCGAUCGCCGCUCCAGGGAUAGACGAUCAAGGGAUAGGUCCAGGGAUAGGAAGUCCAAAGACAGAGUUACAAAGGAUACACGGUCGCGCGAUAGGAAAUCACGCGACAAGAGGUCCAGCGACAUCAUCAAGGAACGUUUGGAGAAGUCUGUGUCCAUACCUAGGAAAGAAAUGGAGAAACUAAAGAAAAAAUCGUUGGAUCGUGAACGCGUUUCAAUAUCAAGGGAAAUUUCGAAAGAUAGAGUUAUUUCCAGCUCAAGCAGAGAAUCUUCUGUAACACGCGACAAAUCAGCAUCACAAAACGAAAGCAAGGUGAAGGCGUCUCAUUCGUCUGACGAAGAUGAAAAGGAAGAUUUUAUAACUAUUCCUACUUUACGCGAAUAUUCGAAGAGUCUUUCUCGUACCCCAUCGCCAUUCCUAAGGAAACAUGAGAUUGAAAAUAAUAAAAAAGCGGAUAGGUCUGGUGAUGAUGCUUCUGGAAAAGAUGGACAUGUUGAAGAAAAUAAAACUAGAGAAAAAGAUCCCAAAAAAGGAAAACGUAAACAUCAGACCGAAUCAGAAAGCGAAAGUAGUGAGGAAGUUGCUAAAUCCAAGAGUAAAGCUAAGCUUAAGCGUAAAGAGAAAGCAACUUCGAAAAGAAGUAAGAAGACCAAAAAAGAGAGUUCUUCCAGUGAUAGCGAAUCUGAGGAAUCUUCAUCAAGCGAUUCUGAGGAAGAUAGAAAAAAGAAGAGCAAAAAGACAUCUAAGAAAAAAUUGGCAAAGAAAUCCAGGAAAAAGAGGGCUCGUUCCUCUAGCUCAGAUUCUAGCUCAGAGGAGGAUGUUAAACAUAAAAGUUCAAAGUCUAAACAAAAGAACAUUCCAGAGGAAUCUGACAACGAUAAAAAGUCUAAAAAACGUAAAGAUGUUAGCGUGGAGCGCUCUAGAUCAGAAAAAUCGGAAGCAAAGCAGGCCAAAUCCAAAAAAGUUGAAUCUGAAGAUUCUCAUGAUGAAAGUUCAGAAAGUGAUGAAAAAUCUAAUAAAAAGAAAUCUGUCAAACGGGAUUCUUCUAGUUCUGAAAAGGAUGUCAAACGUAGUAAGAAACUGGACGCUACUAAAGAAAAAUUGAUUUCACCUGAAACAGGAAAGUCAAAGAAAGGGGAUGAAAAAACGGUAAAAGCCAAACACACCGAAGAAGUUAAAACAAAGUCUAAAGAUGAAAGUGAGAAGAGGGGGAAAAAACGCGAAAAAGACGAGUCAUCCUCUGAGAGUGAUCAAGUUUCUAAAAAGAAACCAAGAAAAAAGGUUUCAGAGUCGGAGUCUGAAUCCGACAGUGAUGAGCCUAAAAAAUCUAAAAAGAACAAGAAGCACAAGAAACACUCCAAGAAGCAUAAGAAACACAAAAAACAUAAGAAGGCUUCAAAAAAGAAGGACGAUUCAUCCGACAGUGAUGAAGCUGAGGAAGAAGAGGAAGAGGGUAAAGUAAACAAUGAGGAUUUGGAGAAAAAAUUGCGUGAAAGAGCAUUGAAGUCAAUGAAGAAACAGACCAGUGCCUCUGGUUCAGAUUAGCAUUAAGAUUUUGUUUGGUAGCACCCUGAAUUCCUAUGGUUUGGACUAAAACAUAGGUUUUAAUUUUU